AUGGCUGAACUAGUUGUGAGGACCGUAAAAGACUUGAAGCAGCCGAGAGUGGCAGUUAUAGCAAUGAGCUGUCCAUCAGAAAUUGUCGUGCGUAUGGGCACUCACACUACAAAAGACCUAAGAAUGAGAUUGAUAGCAUAUCACGCCAUUGGGGAAAAGAUCGCUACAUCUCAAGCAUACAGUCUCGCGAGAAAGCUUCUAAAUGCAGAGACAACUAAGGAUAAAAGUGUUGUCGUAUUCUCGAAUGGUCGAAGUUCAACUUGUGGCAAACCUGAAGCAGGGCAGGAAGAUGAGCCCAACAUUGUACAGACGUGGGACAGAACUGGCGUGAAUCGUGUUUACGUUGCCACCGGAGAACCCGUGAAUAAGACACAUAUGCAGGAAAUUACGGGCGAUCCCAAAAAAGUUGUGGAUGUGAAAAAUGUCACGAUGAAGCCGGAUUCCGGCGAGUUCAAAAAAAUCAAGGACAGGCUAGUUAAGCUGCUCGAAGGAAUAUCAGUGACCACAACCACGGCUCCGAAUGCUGCAGAGGAAAAACAUACGACGCCAGUGGCACCAAGG